GUCCGCCACUCUCAGUCUUGCUCUCGAGUCUCUUCCUGUGAUUGAUCGCCACACUUCUCUCAGCCAUGGACACCCAAUACAGAAGGCAGACCUCUUUGGGUCACAACUCACAUACGGGAAUCAUACCCUACAGCCACAGCGUCAGCGGUGGGGCAGGCGGCCGCGGGACCAGGAUCUCCUUUAGCACGCGGGUCGGCAGCGGCGGCGGCGGCAGCUAUGGCGGCCAGCUGGUGUCUUCUUCUUCUUCUAGUUCCAUGAACAUCGGCAACGAGAAGGUGGCCAUGCAGAACCUGAACGACCGUCUGGCCAACUACCUGGAGACGGUGCGGAACCUGGAGAAGGCCAACAGCGACCUGGAGAUCAAGAUCAAGGAGGCCCUCGGGAAGAGGGGUCCACUGGAGGGGAGGGACUUCGGCAAGUACGAUGUCAUCAUCACAGAGCUGAGAGGCAGGAUUUUUGAAAUGACCAAGGAAAACUCCCACCUCGCCAUCGCUGUCGACAACGCUCGUCUGGCUUCGGACGACUUCAGAGUCAAGAUGGAGUACGAGAUGUCCAUGCGGCAGACUGUGGAGGCUGACGUCUCCAGACUGAGGAAGCUCCUGGACGACACAAACGUCAUUCGUCUGCACCUGGAGGGCGACAUCGAAUCUCUGAAGGAAGAGUUGAUCAACCUGAAGAAGAACCAUGACACAGAUGUUGCUGAACUGCGUGCCCAGAUCCACCAUGCUGGUGUUCAAGUGGACGUCGAUGCUCCUAAAGGACAGGACCUGGCCAGGAUCAUGGAGGAAAUGAGGGCCAAGUAUGAGAAGAUAGCACUGAAGAACCAGGAGGAGCUCAAAGCAUGGCAUGAAGCUCAGAUCACAGAGGUGCAGGUCCAGGUCUCUGAAAGCAGCACAGCUCUGAAGGAGGCCACGACUACAGUGUCAGAAACUAGGAGGAAGUAUCAGGCAAUGGAGAUUGAACUGCAGUCUAUGCAUAGUAUGAGAGCAUCUCUGGAGGCCACCCUGCGUGACGUCGAGGCGCGCUACAACAUGGAGGUGGAGAAGUACAACGCGAUCAUCAUGAAGCUGCAGGAUGAGCUGCAAAAGAUCCGCGAAGACAUCCAGAACAACGGGAGAGAGUACGAUCAACUGCUCAACAUCAAAGUGAAGCUGGAGGCUGAGAUCAACGAGUACAGGAGGCUGCUGGAAGGAGACCUGAGACUGGAGGAUGCAGUCGAUCCAAAGAAGGUCGAGACCAAAGUUGUGACGGUCACUCAGACAAUAGUGGACGGCAAAGUGGUGUCAGAGAACAAGGCUGUCAAGUCAAACCUUGCUUAAACCCCCUGUCCCCCC